CUUCAACUUGGCUAUGCCACCCAAACGAGCCUGCGACAACUGUAUCUCGCGCAAAGUCAGGUGCAGCGGCGCCACGCCCUGCGAGACCUGUAGUGAUGCCGCAAAACCGGUGACCUGUACGUAUCUGCGGCCAGCAAGGAAACGAGGGCCUAAGGCGCGACGACUCAGACGGGGUCACCUUGCCGACUCCAAGGAACCCUCGCCGGGGCUGGGGGGAUCUCCGGAGCGCAUUUCAGAUAAAAGUAAUGGCCUGCCCGGGCAGAUAUCUAGAUCCGUCCUCGCGCUGAUCGUGCGCCACUACCGGCAGAGUUCAUACAGUGUCUGGCCGGUUAUUAAUGCCCAUGGCUUCUUACGCGAGAUCAACGACAUCGAGCCCGAGAACUCGGACCCCCAGGCUGCGAUGUUUGAUUGUCUCGUGACGAGUCUUUGUGCAGCAACAAUGGCGCAGCUGCAUCUUGCGCCGAUCUGGGAUGGCAAGGUGCUUGUGGAUAGCUCGGUCAUGGGACGGACCUGUCUGCGCCUAAGAGAUGAUUAUAACUGCGACCGUGGGAAUAUUGGUAUUUGCAGUGUUCUUACUUCGUUUUUUCUGCAUGUUUAUCAUGCCAAGUUGAACCAGCGCACGGCUGCGAUGCUGUAUAUUCAGGAGGCCAUAGCUGGGGCUCGUGUUUUGGGAUUGGAUAGGAUUUCACGGUUGCACAAUGUACCGGAAAGCCAUUUGAUUGUCAACAAAGAGCUUAUAUUUCCCUUGUUGUGGGUUACAGAGAGGGGAUAUGCGCUGCAUCUUAAUGCUUCUCCGUUAUAUACCGAGCCAUUAUCGCUGCCCGAAAUUACAGUUAGCUCUACUAUUGAUGCACAGGCGCACGGGCUACUCGAUCUCGCCCGGCUGUUCGUUGCGUUCGACCAUAUAUCCGUACACCGCCAGCCUCACGCCAUUACCUCUGCCCCGUGCCUAACAGACACCGAGGCGAAACUAUCUUCAGUCUGUCUAGCAGAAGAUCAAAUAUCUGCUAGAACGGCGGACUGCCAUAUUACACGAGAGUGGAUGAGGACUAUUCUCUGGCAAAAGGCGCUCGCGCUGGGGUUUCUGUCUUCGAGCUCUUAUACGGCGCUGAUGAACUUUGGUUUCCCUGGACAGAUUGGUCGGGAUUUAUUACGGUCGUUGCGGUGUUUUACUGCUGCAGAUUUACUUCCCUUGGGACGGGAUCAGUUAUUGAAAUGCUUUGAAAUAGCAAGCACCCUGGCAGAUACUAUCCUUCUCACUUCAUCCACGACAUAUUCUGGCUGCGAGUACGGUCCACAGGACUUUCUGCAUGCGCUGUAUCAGAAGUUGCUGCCGUCUCUUGAGCAGGAUACGGUGUUGCAGCAUAAUCUGCGGAGUAAGAUGGCUGAAGUCCUGAUCACGGCGCCGGCGAGAUUGUUGAUACGGGAGCCGAAUGGUAUGGAAGAGGAAGAAUCAAGGGAAUACAGCGCGACAGCUGGGACAGAAUUUACCGUAUAAUAGUUAGUGCGGAUUGUAUUGCGAAUAUCAAGCCUUAUGAACGGGACAUGCAUAUGCACUAAUCGCAGAUUAUUAUAAUCUAUGCAGAGAAUUUGUUGAAUGCAGAUAACUCUAAUCAGCUCAAUCAUUGGCAACUUGAAGAACCACUCGUCCAGAGAUAUCCCCCUUUUCCAUAUCCUCGUAGACCUUCGACAAAUCCCUAAAU